AUGCCUAUCACCGACAAGGAAGCCGCGCCUGGUGCCGCUAUGAAGGCUGAGAUCGAAGACUACACCAAGGCCCUCGAGGUCGUGAAGACUUAUGCCACACUGGAUGGCCUUGAUGUGGACACUUUGCUGGAUUCUGAUAGCCAUGGAGCAUUGACCUACAACGACUUCUUGCUCUUGCCUGGCUAUAUCGGCUUCCCUGCCUCCGAUGUCAGCCUGGAUACCCCUGUCACCAAGCGCAUCUCUCUGAAGGCUCCCCUCCUUUCUUCACCUAUGGACACUGUCACCGAGCACAACAUGGCCAUCCACAUGGCCCUGCUUGGUGGUCUGGGUGUCAUUCACCACAACUGUGCCCCCGAGGAUCAAGCUGAGAUGGUCCGCAAGGUGAAGCGAUAUGAAAAUGGCUUCAUUCUCGAUCCUGUCGUUCUCUCUCCCAAGGCCACCGUGGGAGAGGCCAAGAAUCUGAAGGCCAAGUGGGGCUUUGGUGGUUUCCCUGUCACUGAGGACGGAACCCUGAGCUCAAAAUUGAUCGGUAUGGUCACCUCCCGUGACAUUCAGUUCCACAAGGACUUGUCUGAGCCUGUCACCGCCAUCAUGGCCACUGAUUUGGUCACUGCCCCCGCUGGGACCACCCUGGCUGAGGCCAACGAGGUUCUGCGUCGCUCUAAGAAGGGCAAGCUGCCCAUCGUGGAUGCUUCUGGCAACCUCGUCUCGCUGCUCUCUCGCUCCGACCUGAUGAAGAACCUCCACUACCCCUUGGCCUCUAAGCUUCCUGAUUCCAAGCAGCUCAUCUGCGCUGCCGCAAUUGGCACUCGUGAGGAAGACAAGUACCGUCUGAAGUUGCUUGUGGACGCCGGUCUCGACAUUGUCAUCCUCGACUCCAGCAACGGUAGCAGCAUGUACCAGACUGAGAUGCUGAAGUUCAUCAAGAAGGAAUUCCCCCAGAUCGACGUCAUUGCUGGUAACGUGGUGACUAAGGAGCAAGCCGCUAUGCUCAUUGCUGCUGGCGCCGAUGGCCUGAGAAUUGGCAUGGGCGCCGGUAGUGCUUGCAUCACCCAAGAAGUUAUGGCUGUCGGUCGCCCCCAGGCUGCUGCUGUCCGCAGUGUCUCUGCAUUCGCUGCGCGAUUUGGUGUUCCUUGCAUCGCCGACGGUGGUAUCCAAAACAUCGGUCACAUUGUCAAGGGUCUUGCCUUGGGUGCCAGCACUGUCAUGAUGGGCGGUCUUUUGGCCGGUACCACUGAGUCCCCUGGCGAGUACUUCGUCAGUAACGAAGGCCAGCUUGUCAAGUCUUACCGUGGCAUGGGCUCCAUUGCCGCCAUGGAGGACAAGAAGGCGGGUGGUAACAGCAAGGACAGCUCUGCCAACAAGGCUAGUAAUGCCGGCACCGCCCGUUACUUCUCUGAGAACUCUCGUGUUCUCGUCGCCCAGGGUGUUGCUGGCUCCGUUCUGGACCGCGGCUCUGUCACCAAAUUCGUUCCCUAUCUUGUCGCUGGCAUUCAGCACUCUCUGCAGGACAUGGGUGUCAAGUCGCUUGAUGAGCUGCACGACGGUGUGAACAAGGGUCUUGUUCGCUUCGAGAUGCGCAGUGCCAGUGCUCAGGUCGAGGGUAACGUCCACGGCCUCCACAGCUACGACAAGAAGCUGUACUCUUAA